AUGAAGCAGACCACCCCGAUCAUCUCGGGUGGCAUGAACGCACUGCGGCUGCCUGCGUUCUUCGAGAACCUGGGGCACUCCAACGUGAUCCUGACGGCCGGCGGUGGGGCGUUCGGGCACAAGGACGGGCCGAAGCAGGGCGCGAUCUCGUGCGCCCAGGGCGAGGAGUCGUGGAAGUUGUGGAAGGCAGGCACCUACGGCGACGUGAGCCUGUCGGACGGCGUCGUCGAGUACGCGAAGACGCACGAGGAGCUCAAGGGCGCUUUCCUGACCUUCCAGAAGGACGCGGACCAGAUCUACCCGGGCUGGAAGGAGAAGCUCGGCUACACCGGCGAGUCCUCCGUCCAGGCCGCCAGCUUCAACUGGCAGAAGAAGGAUUUGGCCGCGGCGUUCGUUGGCGCCAGCACGACUCGCAAAGCCAGCUCCGUGGCCCGCCGUGCCUUGGACCAGUCGAGCCGCUACGCGGACCUCUCGCUGACGGAGGAGGACCUGAUCAAGAACGGCCAGCACGUGCUCGUGGCCUACAUCAUGAAGCCCAAGGCGGGUUACGACUACCUGGCCACGGCGGCGCACUUCGCGGCGGAGUCCUCCACUGGCACGAAUGUGAACGUGUGCACCACUGACGACUUCACUAAGACUGUGGAUGCGCUCGUUUACUACAUCGACCCGGAGAACGAAGAGAUGAAGAUCGCCUACCCGACGGCCUUGUUCGACCGCAACAUCACCGACGGCCGCGCCAUGAUGUGCUCCGUGCUGACUCUCAGCAUCGGAAACAACCAGGGUAUGGGUGACGUCGACUACGGCAAGAUCUACGACAUCUACUUCCCGCCGCAGUAUCUGCGCCUGUUCGACGGGCCGUCUUGCUGCGUGAUCGACAUGUGGCGCAUCCUGGGCCGCGGCACGGUCGGCGGUGGCCUGGUGGUCGGCACCAUCAUUAAGCCCAAGCUCGGCUUGCAGCCGAAGCCCUUCGGCCAGGCGUGCUAUGGCUUCUGGCAGGGCGGCGACUUCAUCAAGAACGACGAGCCGCAGGGCAACCAGACGUUUUGCCAAAUGAACGAGUGCAUCCCCGAAGUCGUGAAGGCCAUGCGUGCGGCCCAGGAGGAAACGGGCCAGGGCAAGCUGUUCUCCGCCAACAUCACGGCGGACGACCCGAACGAGAUGAUCGCGCGUGCCAAGUACAUCCUGAAUCAGAUGGGCCCGAUGGCGGAGAAUUGCGCCUUUUUGGUCGACGGUACGUGGCUGGCGGCACUGCGGUGA